AUGGGACACACAGGAAACGAAGGAUUAAAGGGAGAGCGAGGAGCACCUGGACCAAAGGGAUACACGGGACCUCCUGGUAUCCAGGGUAACAUUGGACCUUGGGGUGAGGUCGGGACACCUGGUCCUCCAGGUGACAAAGGAAUGCAAGGUCAACUUGGGCUAGAUGGAGUAACUGGUUAUCCUGGUAAAGAUGGGCCUCAAGGACUAAUUGGAUCGACUGGUCUUAAAGGCGACAAGGGAUCCAGAGGAGCUGUAGGACAGAAGGGAGUUGAUGGUCUCGAUGGUGAGGAGGGCCCAUUUGGACUUAUGGGACCAAGAGGACCAGCUAACCAAAAGGGCCUUCCAGGUGACAAGGGAAAUGCCGGACCCACAGGGCCAAAUGGAGUAAAAGGAAAUGAAGGCGAAAGAGGAAACCAAGGGUCACAAGGACCAAAGGGGCCACCGGGGAAGCAGCAGGGAUACAGAGGUCCCCCAGGAGACGUAGGACAACAAGGAUUUCCAGGGCCUAAAGGAGAAACAGGCCCCAGAGGUACAGCAGGAAUACCUGGACGGUUUGGACCUGGAGGAAACACUGGAGCAGCAGGAGUCAAAGGGCAGAAAGGGCCCCAGGGACACACGGGCCCUCCUGGAAGGAUCGGCCCUGCUGGGCAAUUAGGACCGGUUUUAUCUGGCUUAUCAGGCAUGAAAGGAGAUGAGGGCAAAGCAGGAAAGCCUGGACAAAAGGGCAGUCAUGGGGUGAAAGGCAUAACUGGUCCUUCAGGCAUUAAAGGAGACAUGGGUGCAAGAGGACAAAAGGGGGCAAAGGGUGAAACUGGGAAACAUGGUGCAAUGGGCACUGCAGGAAAAUUAGGGGCUGUUGGGGCUCCAGGAUCUAAAGGUCGACCUGGACCUGCUGGACUCCCUGGUUUUCCAGGAGUCAAAGGGAUUCAGGGGUCAAAGGGGGAAAACGGCCAGUCAGGACGAAAGGGAUCCAAAGGAGCUCCUGGUAAUAUUGGAUCUGAAGGCCAGAAAGGGAAUCAUGGACCACCUGGAACACCUGGAAAACCAGGCUUGAGUGGCUUGGAUGGUUUACUGGGGGUUGAGGGUAAUGAAGGGUAUCCGGGGGAUUUUGGUUUAAGAGGAGCUCCUGGAGCCCCAGGCCCCCCAGGCGUGACAGGAGAACCUGGAUCUCCUGGGAUCAGAGGACACACUGGUGCUAUAGGGGUUAAGGGUAAACCUGGUACAACUGGAGCAAAUGGACCUCCUGGACCAGUUGGGCCAAAGGGAAUCGCUGGACUGAGAGGAGAAAAGGGUGAAGCAGGCAAUGAUGGAGCACAGGGUCUUUCAGGGGAUAUUGGGAUGCCAGGACCCGUUGGUCUGUCAGGGCUAAAGGGAAGUACUGGUUUGCAGGGCCUAACAGGUCAAACUGGUCAGAAAGGAAAACAGGGGCAAAAAGGGCUUGAGGGGCCAGCAGGGCAGAGCGGUGCACCUGGAUUUACUGGCCAACUUGGAGAAAAGGGCAUCAAGGGUUUCCAAGGAGACAGAGGACCAAAAGGGGUAAAAGGCAAGCCUGGACCUCCUGUAAGAGACGUCGCUAUGAUGUGA